UUGCCCCCACCCGGAGGAGGCGGUGGCUGGCGGCGGGCCUGCAGCGGGGAGAGUAUUAAUAGGCGGCCCGGGGGGAGCGGCGAGGUCUGACGGGCAGGGCUGGGCGGCUGAGGGCGUGCGGGGCGAAGGCUUGGUCUCGAUCGCAAGGCGGCACAGGACAGCUCGGCGGGGGAGCGGCUAUAGUCGGUAGUGCCUUCCCUCAUCUCCGGUCCGCGCGAGCAGAGGCGGCGGCUCCACCACGAAGGCGAGAUGGAGGCUAGUACUUGCAAACAGGAUGUACUCCAGAAGAAGAAUGCUGUCUUGGUGGACGGAGUCAUCCUAAAUGGCCCAAUAACUGACUCAAAAGCAGGAGAGAAAUUUGUGGAAGAGGCGUGUAAGAUUAUAAUGGAAGAAAUAAUCCGGAAAGCUGAUGAUAUUACAGAAAAGGUUUGUGAAUGGCGGGCCCCUGAAACACUGAAGAAGAUUCUUGAUUUGGAAAUGAGAGAGACUGGAGAAUCUCAUCAGAAACUCUUGCAACUCUGCCGGGAUGUGAUAAACUACAGCGUCAAAACCAAUCAUCCAAGAUUUUUCAAUCAGCUGUACGCUGGAAUAGAUUAUUACUCAUUAGUGGCUCGUUUCAUUACUGAAGCAUUGAACCCAAGUGUAUAUACAUAUGAAGUAUCCCCUGUGUUUCUGUUAGUGGAAGAAGCAGUCAUCAAGAAAAUGAUUGAGUACAUAGGCUGGGAAGAAGGUGAUGGCAUAUUUAAUCCAGGUGGCUCUAUUUCUAAUAUGUAUGCUAUGAACUUAGCAAGAUACAAAUUUUGUCCAGAGAUAAAAGAAAAAGGGCUCUCAGGUUUGCCAAGACUAGUCCUAUUCACUUCGGAAGAGUGUCAUUACUCGAUGAAGAAGGCAGCCUCUUUCCUGGGUAUUGGUACAGAGAAUGUUUACUUCAUCAAAACAGAUGAAAGAGGUAAGAUGAUACCUGAGGAACUGGAGAAACAAGUCCAGCGGGCCAGGAAAGAGGGGUCAGCGCCAUUUCUUGUCUGUGCUACUGCAGGCACAACAGUACUGGGAGCAUUUGAUCCUCUGGAUAAAAUUGCCGAUAUCUGUGAAAAGCAUGACCUUUGGCUUCAUGUUGACGCUUCUUGGGGUGGCUCAGCUUUGAUAUCGAGGAAGCAUCGCAGACUUCUUCAUGGCAUCCAAAGGGCUGAUUCUGUUGCCUGGAAUCCCCACAAAAUGCUGUUGGCAGGAAUUCAGUGCUGCGCUCUUCUGGUGAAAGACAGCUCUGGCCUCCUGAAGAAGUGUUACUCUGCCAAGGCUGCAUACCUGUUCCAGCAGGACAAGUUCUAUGAUGUCAGCUACGACACUGGCGACAAGUCCAUUCAGUGCAGCAGACGUCCGGAUGCAUUCAAAUUCUGGCUCAUGUGGAAAGCAUUGGGAACCACAGGCCUUGAGGAGAGAGUGAACAGGGCGCUGGCUUUGGCUAGAUACCUUGUGGAAGAAAUUAAGAAAAGAGAAGGAUUUCAGCUUCUUUUGGAGCCGGAGUACGCAAAUGUUUGUUUUUGGUACAUUCCACCAAGCUUAAGAAAAAUGGAGGAUGGUCCUGAAUUUUGGCAGAAGCUACACCAGCUCCUGGAGGGAAGAGUUCCAAAAUAUCCUAACUCAAUGGGACUGGCAGAAUUCUGUUUUAUGUUGAGAAGAGGUGAGAGCAGGACUGCAGAUGAGGCAGGGCAGAAGGCGGGGAGCUCCGGAGAGAGAAGUACAGUUGCUCCCGUAGUUAAAGAAAGGAUGAUGAAGAAGGGCAGCAUGAUGCUCGGGUACCAGCCUAACCAAGGCAAAAUCAACUUCUUCCGCCAGGUGGUGAUCAGCCCGCAAGUGAGUCGAGAGGACAUGGACUUCUUGCUGGAUGAGAUAGAACUGCUUGCCAAGGACUUGUAGCUGUAGCUCUACGGCACCGGGCACUGCUUGUGUGUGACAAUUAUGGAGACAGAAUGGCAGCAGUGUUCUGGUGCUAUUUUUUGAAAGGUAGUAAAAAGCUUGACGUAUAGUUUGGAAACUAUCAUUUAACAUUGUGACGUUCAGAGUUUUGCAGGUAGAAUACCCUCCACAGGAAAGCGUUUGCUGAGGGGGGCUGGGACAGGCCAGUGCCUGCAGCACCACAGCCAUUCUGGGAAGUGUUUCCUGGAGCAGGGAGCGCUUCUGAAAAUGGUGUCUGUAUCCCAGAGAGGGCUGCUGUUCAUGGGGUGCCUGUGUAGCUCGGACUGAUUGCUUAUAUAGGCAGGCAAUACUCCUCUGAAGUUACUGUUAGUAGUGAAUUUAGCUCAGUGAGCUUUAAAACGCUCAUUAGUACUCUGUCUACUCUGUCAAUAUUUUAGUUUGGUAUGAGUUUAAGAGUAGAGACCUGGUUGAUAUUUACACUGGUAAGACUGCAAAUCAUGAACUUAAAUGAAGAGUUCCUCAAGGCCUCUAAUUAGGCAAGUUGCCCAGAUUUCCCACUGUGAGCACCAUCAGGCAGUAGAACAAGGGCCUGGUGAGGCUGUGCUGUCACCGUCCUUGGUGGUUUGCAGGACCUGUCGGGACAAAGCCCCGAGAAGUCAACACUGACCUUGCUUUGAGACAGUAGAACUAGGUGACCUUCUCAGGUCCCUUCCAACCUAAAUGAUUUGUGAUUCUGUGCAAUCUAAUGAUUGGGCCUGGUCAUUGUUUGCCAGUGUUGCCCACACUGCAAUAGCAGUGCUGAGAAUAUUGGAAGUGUCUUAGAAAUUCUUAUCUCUUUGGUAAUAGGAGUAAUCUAUUAAUUUCUGAAUUAUAUUUAAAGCAUAAAUAUUUAUUUAAUGGAUUUAGAUGCACUUCAAAAUUCUAACAGAUGAAAAAAGUAUAUUUACCUGAAAUAUAUGUAUUUUUAAACAUGACAACUCUAUGUUAAAAAUGUAGCAAAAUGACAAUUUUCGCUGUCAGUCUGUAUUUGCCUACAGAUUUGAGGUGACUUGAUUUUACAUUAUCAGUGUAUAAUUUAUAUUUUGGCACUGAAAUCAACAUGGAGGUGAUCUGUGAAAGCCUGCCUGUCCUUAUGAUGGGAGCCAUCUGAGUAUUUUUUUGUUAAUCUUACGUUGCAAAAUUAAGUUCUAAACUUUGUGUUAAGAAUUAUAGUAUCCUUUUGAUUUGUUGUCAUUCUAGCUAUAAAAGGGGCAGUUUUGUAAAGCUAGAGAUGUAUUUCUCGGGGUGAAUUUCUUGCAGCAGAUUAAUGAGAAUAACAUCUUCCGUCAUCUGAUCAACGCCUACUUACCUUUUUGUUUUGAUGUUUGUUCCUGAUUCUGUAUUUGAGGUAGCACUGACCAAUGCAAAUCUUUCUGCUGUAAUGUUUUCUGUAUUGCUGAAAGUUGUCUUUGAACACAGUGCUUUUAUAUUUUCAUUUCCUACAUUAUACUAGGAUCCAACAUCACGUGACAUUCCUACUUCCCACCUCCGGGAUGAUGGUAUGGAAAGUUUAGCAGGGUCAUGAUAACCUGGAAGGUCACACUAUCAGGGCAAGAGUAAGAUAGGAGGAAGAGGCAAGUCUGCAGAACUUGACAGAUGUCUUUAACAGUGUCCUGGAAGUGAUUAUUCUUUUGCUGUUACAGCGAGUCACUGGAUACUAAGCUGAACUCCACACUGAUAUUAACAUAAAAACAAAUGGCGCAACCUGGCCCCUUGAUUCGGCACUGUAAUAAUUGCAGAAUGCUUUAUCAUUUACUAUUUUGUGCUUCUGGGUAUACCAGUUGUUAUGAUUUUGUAAAGUACAUAACUAAAUUCAUUGCCCGUGGAACUUACUUAGCCUCCCAGCCACUCUGGGUGGAGUGCAGAGCGUGGCAAGGGGUGCUGAGUGUAUGCGAUGACUUCGCUGCUGCUUCUUGAGCUAGAUGGGACUGUUAACCCUUCACUUUUUCUUUUUUGUCUUUGAAGGGAAAGACAGAAUACAGUGUCAGCGUUCUUUUAUCGUUAUCCAGAGUCUUGGUGAGCACUUAAUUUUUGACUCAGAGGAAGCAUGUCACUUGCCAUCAACUAAGAAUUAGACCUGGUGUCUUGUGACGCCACUACUAUCAAAAACGUGUUGUUUCUCUCCACGUUAGUGCAUUUUUCUCUUUCCAGAUACUGUGGUACUUCUGGCACGUGUUAGGUUGAAGUAACAGUUUCUUCUGUAUCGGUAGUGGCUGUAGUUCUUUUUUUAAAGGAGGGGAAAAUGGAACUUUUUCACUGUUUGCAGAAAGCGUGUCUCAGAUCAACAUGUGCACUGAUGUCUUCAAAGGUAUGGUUUAACCUUUCAGUGUGGUGCGAGUGCCUUAUCUGAUGUCUGUAUAUUUUCUUGUGUUUCUGACCCUUUAUCAAGUCCAAUGUGCACAAUGUCUUAUUUCAGGACUAAUGUAAGUUUUUCAUAGUUGCUUACUUAGGAUUGAUAUGUACAAAAUGCUAUUUUGUAGAUGAUGAUUUUAAUAAAAAGUGAAGUAAAUGACACCCGUAUAAA